AUCAGCGCCAGUGAUUUUCGCUGUCAUAAAAGUACUGCUGGAUUCGUUUUACUUCAUUUUAAAUCGCCGACUAUCUCAUGGUUUCGUCAUUGGAGCCUCGCCGGCGGCUGGUCGGCUUCUCUGCCAAAAUGUACUUUACUGCCCCGCGCACGGAGGAAUACACGCAAACUCUGGUCGAUUUGCUCCAGGGUGUACCCCUGGAAACACUACAGAAUAUCGACAUCUUCAUCUUGCCAGAUUACAUCACCAUUCCCGGGACGAUAAAACAACUCGAGAACAGUCCUGUUCCUGUGUGGACCGGCGCUCAAGACUGCCAUUGGGAGGACCAAGGUGCCUUCACGGGUGAGGUUAGUCCGGCAACGCUGAAGCACAUUGGUGCACGUCUUGUCGCAGUGGGCCACGCCGAGAGACGCAGGUUGUUUGCUGAAGAUGACGAAAUGGUGGCAAAAAAGGCAGCAGCUGUGGCCAGAAAUGGCAUGUUGCCUCUUGUAUGCAUUGGCGAGAAAACACAAGGCGAUGUAAGCAUCGCAGUUGAUGAAUGCACCCAGCAAAUCGACGUUGUUGUGGCUGCUGUGCAGAGUGACGCCGAAAUCGCCUUAGCAUACGAACCUGUAUGGGCGAUUGGUGCACCACAACCGGCGAGCGAAGACUACAUUUUAGCUGUCGUGGAGAAGCUGCGUAAUCUACCUAGCAUUGUUGGUAGAAAAGGUAUCACACGGAUCGUUUAUGGUGGGAGCGCUGGUCCUGGUCUGUUUAAAAAGCUCAAGGAUGGUCUCGAUGGCCUUUUCCUGGGAAGGUUUGCUCAUGAUCCGGAGCAAUUCGUACAGACGGGUAAAGAGGUCGCUGAGGCAUAAUGGUCGAAUCCAUCGUAGAACCAGCAUAUGUAUAGAUAGACGUAGCCAAAAAUGUACCCCAAAUAUGGAAUAGAUCCAGCGUUCCCAUUUUGCAAAUAUAGUGUCGGU